AUGUCUAACGAAAUUGAAUUACUGCAGAAGCAAGUCUCUGAAUUGCAAGAUUUGGUCAAGAAGCAAAGUCUAAUUAUCUCGAAGACUGGAGAACGUGUCCUGGAGUUGCAAUUAGCUAAACAAAAGCAUGACGUGUCCGAUUUUGACUCGAAAUUUUCCAAAUCCAUCUCGAAGAAAUCAGGGUCCACUACCCAAUUCGAUGCCACUGAUUUCGCCACAAACGAAGACCUGGUGGAAUUAGUCAAGGAACUACAGGGUGAGCUGAAUUUCAUCGAGGAAAGAUCCAUCAGAAGACUUGUCAACUCUUUGAAAAAGGAGGAAGAUGACGUUAUAGCGCCGCUACCUAAUGCAGAUGGUGAUAUCCCCGCCAUUUCAGACGGUGUGUUCCCUAAGUCGUUGAAGGAAUUUAAAGACAUCUCAGACUUGAAGCUGAUAAGACUCGCCAAAUUCUACGAAAGAUUGCCACCAACUUUAAAGGAACAGGAAGAUUUCGAAAACUUCCUAGAAGGUAAGGUGGAGGCCUUUCAUAUUAACGAGACCACUGACGAAGAGAUCUCCAAGGAAUUGGAAAAAUUCUCCAAAGAUGAGCUAGAUGAUGCAUUUAAUGACGUUGCACGUUAUCUAGGUCUCUCCCUUAGAAGAGGAACCGAAAUAUGGUAG